AUGUUUGAGUGUUAAGAAUCAGAUCAUAAUUAAUAAGAGAUAACAUAUGCUUGUUUAAAUAUGAAUUGCUAAAUAAAAAGAGCCUGUUGUAUAAUGUGUAUUGAAAAACACAACUAACACAAAAAUGAUUUGAAAACAAUAAAUUAAAUUACAAAAUGGAAAAAAACAACAAUCUAAAGUUAUGAAAUAUAUUCAAAAAAGAUAACUUAGAUUGUUGAAAUAAUGGGUUAAGCAGAAAAAUACUUAUCUAGUUUGGGCAGAAAUCUAGAAACAUCAUUUGAUGAAAUCAUGAAUGAAGAGUUUGAAUAAUAAGUUAAUAAUUUAUUAAGCAUCCAAUAAUUAUAAACAACAUUUAAUUAAUUAACAUCUAAUUUAGAAUCAUUAAUGGAACCUAUUUCUUAAAUAUUUUCAAAAGUUGAAGAAUCUUCAAAAGAAACAUUUGUUAAAGUAUAACCAAUUGUUAAUAAAUCAAAUGAUAAAUAAUCAAUUAAAGACACUGAAUAAAUAAUAUAAAAAGAGAAAAAAAUUGAUUAAAUUGAUUAAGUAAAUUAAGAGAUUAAGAAGAAGAAAAAAAAUAUUUAAUCAAUAAGCUAUUUAGAUUUAGUAGAAAAAACUAUUAAAUUAAGGAAGGGGAAUGAUUUUGAUAUUCAUUAAUACCCUAUAUAUUACUAAUAACAAAUUGAAAAAUUAGAAGAGUAUAAGACAAUUAUUCUUAUUGGAACUUAAAAUUCAAAAAAGUAGAAUUUAAUUAAUUUAUUUGUAAAUUAUUAUUAUGGAGUUGAAUUUUCUGAUCCUUAUAGGUUCGAAAUUAUUGAUGAUAUUGAUAUAACUAAAGAAAAGUAAAAUAAUGAAUAUGAAUAAAUGAAAGUAUAUUAUAUUCCUCCAUAAGAUGGAUAAACAGGACUUAGAAUUAUAUAUACACCAGAUUAUAGCGAUGAUUUAUGUUAUGAUGAUCAAAAAAUAUUUGAUAAAAUAUUAAGUGUUAUUUCUAAUUCAGUUUCACUUAAUUAAAAUAUCUUAAUUGGAUUUGUUAUUCCAUAAUAAAUAUAAAUAGGUACAUUUUUCAUGUUAGAAUCUAUUUUAUCUAAAUUUUCAUUUAAGUUAAUCAAAAAUAUUGUCUUUUUAUUUCCAGAUUCUACAGAUGAAUGUCCUAAAUAAAAAGAAAUAUUGUAAUCUCAAGAAGAAAUAAUUAAUGGAAUUCCAUCUCCUAUUUUCUAAAUGAUACCAAAAAUGAAUAAUUUUUGGUAUCUCAAAUUUAAUACUACAGCUUUAUUUAUAGAAAAUAAAACCUAAGACAAUUAAAUUUCAUGGGAAAUUGGCAAGAAUAAUUUUUAAUUGCUUCUUUAAAAUUAUUUAUAAAAUAAAUUUGAUUACAAUAAACUAUAAGUGAUGAUAAAUAAGUAUAAUGAAUUUAUCAAUAUAAACUUUUCAGUAUCUAAAAAUUAAUUGAACUAAAAGUUUUAGUGGUUGUAUAAAAGAGACAAUUUUUAUGAAGAGUAUGAAGAGAAUAUCUAUAAGUAGUGGAAGGCCCUAGGUGCGAAUUAGUAUUAUAAGGAUAAUACUUAUUUUUAUUCAGGAAAGUAGGAUGAGGUAAAAUAAAAAAUGGAACGCUUAAUGUAAUAUAUAUAGCAGUAUUAAAAAUUAAUUCAGGAAUAAAAACUCAAAAUUGAAACAUAUGAUAAAGAGUUUGAAGAGUUUUAUGAUCUGUUUAAGAAUUUAGCAAAUGUUAUGUAAUAAGAUUAUAAUCCAUGGCGAUUAUAUUUCAAAUUUCAUGCUAUAUUAAUUACUAUAAAUCGCUGUUAAUGGAAAUAUUAUGAACAUUUAAUUUAAAAAGAAUAGAAUUUAAAAUUAGAAGGUUGGGAAAAUAGAGUGAAACUAUUAAAUAAAACUAGUAAAUUCUUUUAAUACUCUGAUGGUUAUUCAGGUAUGCUAAAUUUAGAUCAACGUAUUAAGGAAUGGUCUGAUAAAUAUCUUACUCUGAAAUCCAAAUCAUUCUAUGUAUAUAGUUUUACGAAAUAUGGAAUGAGUAGUGAUUAUUUAUAUUUGUAUGACAAAGAAGGAUAAUCUAAGGAAUUUUAUUAAUUAAAAUCCUCUGAAACCAUUAAAUACAGAAUAUAAUCUAAUUGUUAAAGUUAUUUCGAUGAAUUCACCCAGAAAAUUUGGGAAUAUGUAUUGAGUUGA